AUUUCUAGCCACAAACGAGGCUGCUCCUCCCAUUUGCCCUAAAAGAAGCGGCGGGAACGACCAUCUAAGCAAAGAUCUGUUCUGGUAAGAAGCGCCUUCAAGAGAGACAAGAAUUAACAGCAAUGGAGCCAGAACAGAAAAAAGCGAAGCCAAUUUUGAGGGAGUCCCUUCUUCUUGGCAUAGGAAACCCACUGCUGGAUCUCUCUGCAACAGUUGGUACUGAUUUACUGGAAAAGUAUGUACUAAAAGCAAAUGAUGCUAUCCUUGCCGAAGAAAAGCACUUACCAAUUUACAAAGAAUUGGUGGAUAACUAUGAAAUUGAGUAUAUAGCAGGAGGGGCAACCCAAAAUAGCAUGAGAGUAUUGCAGUGGAUGGUUCAAAUGCCAAAAGUUUCUUCCUAUUUUGGCUGUAUUGGCAAAGAUAGUUAUGGUGACAAGCUGAAGGAGAUAGCUGAGAGUGCAGGCGUCAAUGUCAUGUACCAGGUUGAUGAGAGUACACCUACUGGCACUUGUGCUGCACUUCUCAGUGGCAAGAGUCGCUCCUUGGUUGCAAACUUAGCUGCUGCAAAUAACUUCAAGAAGAAUCAUCUUGAUGUAGAAGAAAACAAAAAGAUAAUCGAAAGUGCCAAGUAUAUUUAUGUAGGGGGAUUCUUCCUAACAGUUUCUCCAGAGUCAAUUAUAACUGUCGCUAAGCACGCUGCUGAGCACGAUAAGUUUUUCAUGAUGAACUUGUCAGCUCCAUUUUUAUGCCAGUUCUUCAAAGAGCCAAUGAUGCAAGCUAUGCCUUAUAUGGACAUUCUUUUUGGAAACGAGACCGAAGCCACAACUUUUGCAAAGGAGCAAGGUUUUGGUACGGAAGACAUUCAAGAAAUUGCGCUUAAAAUCAGCAAUUUAGAGAAAGUUAACAAGUCGCGGACAAGAAUGGUUGUAAUUACCCAAGGUGCUUCAAAAACUAUCGUUGCCCAAGAUGGCAAGAUCAUAGAGUUCCCGGUGGUUCCAAUUAAGGAAGAGGAUAUUGUCGACACAAAUGGUGCUGGCGAUGCCUUCGUUGGAGGGUUCCUGAGUCAGUUGAUUCAGGAGAAACCUCUAGAAACCUGUAUAAAAGCCGGACACUACGCAGCCAACUACAUCAUUCAGCAAUCUGGUGUCACUAUGAAGGAGAAACCAAGCUUCGAACUUUAAAAACAACAAUGUCGCCAAGCAGGAAAGUAGCAUAUCUACCCGUGCUUUUAUUUUCUGCAGUUUUUAUACUUUUAUCAGAUUGACUUUUGAAUGGAAUAAAAACGAAAUCGUGUCCUUGA